UCACUGGCUGAUCACCGGCACAGGACUACUGGAUUACAAGCAGAUCGCUAAAGAACAGCUGGAUUCGAAGGGGAUCCCAGACAACGGGAACAAUGAACUAUUUGAAUGUACUGGCCAAAGCUCUAUACGACAAUGUGGCAGAGUCCCCAGACGAGCUAUCCUUCCGAAAGGGGGAUAUUAUGACGGUGCUGGAGCGUAACACUCAAGGUUUAGAUGGAUGGUGGCUGUGUUCUCUACAUGGACGACAGGGCAUUGUUCCUGGAAAUCGGGUUAAGAUUCUAGUGGGUAUGUAUGACAAGAAACAAGGUGCUGCUGGUGAUCAAGGUCAACAGAAGCCUCAACAACAAUCGCAGCAGCAGCCACCUCAGUCUCCAUUGCCUUAUAACAACCAAGGAGUCUAUAAUGUCGUCUCCUCAAACCAGUAUGCACCUAUGCAUCCCUACCAGAGCCCGAGUGCAGACAAUGUUUACUUAGUUCCAGCACCACCUAAAGGGCAACAGACACUUUAUCAAAGCCCUCAGGGGCCACCGCACCCUAGCCAAACCACACCUUCUAAGCAAUCUACCUUGUUCCAGAACCAGCUAUCCCAACAUCAGUUCUCUAGUCAAGUUCAAGACAUUUAUCAGGUUCCACCCUCCAUGAAUCAACCACUGGAGCUGUAUCAAGUCCCAGUGGGAUCCACAAGCCCCCCUCACUCUCAGGAUGUUUAUCAAGUCCCACCAUUAGCUAGAGCCGGACAAGACAUCUACCAGGUGCCGCCAUCAAUGACCCAGUCACAAGACAUUUAUCAAGUGCCACCAUCUAUGGAUAUGAGAGCGGGAGAUCCCAGAAAACUACCAGGAAAG